CCCAUGCCGGUCCCAGACCCCCCAAUACAAUACACAAAGUUGUUCAUCAGUAACGAGUGGCAUGAGUCAUGCAGCGGCAGAAAGAUUCCUGUGUAUAAUCCCGCCACAGGAGAGCUGCUGUGUGAAGUGGAGGAGGCUGAUGCAGAAGAUGUGGACAAGGCAGUGAGGAGUGCCCGAGCCGCCUUCCAGAUGGGGUCACCAUGGCGAUCCAUGGACGCCUCAGACCGAGGUCAUCUACUUAGUAGACUUGCUGACUUAGUGGAGAGAGACCGGCUGCUACUGGCAACCCUAGAGGCCCUGGACUCUGGCAAAGUGUUUCUCAUGGCAUAUUUUGUAGAUCUGAUGGCCACAAUCAAAACCUUGAGAUAUUAUGGUGGCUGGGCCGACAAGAUUCACGGCAAAACCAUCCCAGUAGAUGGAGAGUACUUUACUUACACACGACAUGAGCCCAUUGGAGUCUGUGGACAGAUUAUUCCUUGGAACUUCCCGUUGAUGAUGUUUGCGUGGAAGAUUGCUCCUGCUCUGUGCUGUGGGAACACUGUAGUCAUCAAACCUGCUGAACAGACCCCAUUAUCAGCCCUGCACAUGGCCGCACUCAUAAAAGAGGCCGGGUUUCCUCCAGGUGUGGUGAAUGUGGUGCCAGGUUAUGGUCAGACAGCAGGCUGUGCCAUUUCCCACCACAUGGACAUAGACAAAAUAGCCUUCACUGGAUCUACUGCUGUUGGGAAACUCAUCCAGAAGGCAGCAGGGGACAGCAAUCUGAAAAGAGUUACACUAGAACUCGGUGGCAAAAAUCCAAAUAUUGUCUUUGCAGACUGUGACUUAGAGUACGCAGUGGAGCAGGCCCACAGUGGUCUGUUCUUUAACCAGGGCCAGUGCUGUCUGGCUGGAUCCAGGGUGUUUGUGGAGGAACCAAUCUAUGAGGAGUUUGUCCGUCGCAGUGUAGAGAGAGCCAGAUCCAAAGUCCUGGGAAACCCACUGCUGCCAGGGGUGGAUCAAGGGCCACAGAUUGACCACAAGCAGUUUGAUAAGAUAAUGGAGCUGAUAGAGAGUGGGAAGAGGGAGGGAGCCACGCUGGAAUGUGGGGGGUCCCCAUGGGGUCAGCAGGGACUUUUCAUCCAACCCACCGUCUUCUCAAAUGUCACAGAUGAUAUGCGUAUCGCCAAAGAAGAGAUUUUUGGUCCAGUGCAGCAGAUCAUGUGUUUCCGUAGCAUCCACGAAGUCAUCCAGAGAGCCAACGCCACACACUACGGCCUGGCAGCAGGAGUGUUUACCAACGACAUUGACAAAGCCCUGACAGUCUCCUCUGCUCUGCAGGCUGGCAUGGUGUGGGUGAACUGCUACAAUGCCAUGAGCGCUCAGUGUCCAUUUGGUGGCUUCAAGAUGUCUGGCAAUGGGAGGGAACUGGGAGAAUAUGCUCUUCAGGAGUACACAGAGGUCAAGGCAGUCACCAUCAAAAUCUCACAGAAGAACUCAUAA